AAAAUGUGGCCAUCUUUCCCAUUUGUGCUAUACACGUUUCACACCAGUGGAGAGAGACGGAGAAAGUGAGGAGGAUGGAUCAGAAACUCUACAAGGCAGCAAAGGAGGGGGAUGUGCGUCGUCUCUCAGGAAUCGAUGGAAGAAGCAUAACAGAGGAAGAGGCCAUGCUUAUCCAAGAUGGUAAGUUUCUCAAGAGGACGCAACACGGCAACAACAAUAUCCUUCACAUAGCAGCAGGAGCCGGACGCAAUACCUUCGUUGCGGAAGCUCUCCGGCGCUUCCCUUUUCUUUCUGACCAAGUGAAUUCACAAGGUGACACCCCUCUCCUUGUCGCAGCUAGGUUUGGUCACCUCCAAGUGGUGAAAACACUUGCGGAGCCUAAUAAUGAGCUCCCGAUGCAAGAUCAUAAUACGGCUACUGCUGUGGAGAGUAGAACAAACUCGAGGAGUAGUCAUCGUCAAAGAGAUGUGGAAGAAGGGCUACUUGAUGAUCAAUUGGAACAGGCUACUUCUUUGAAGAAUGGAGCAAACUCGAGAGACAUGAUGAUGUAG